AUGGCCGGCAAGGAGGUGAAGAAGGCUGUAAAGCCCACCAAAAAGGCUGGGGUCCCGUACAAGAAACCUGAGGUUACCCAGAAAAAGGCAAAGGCUUCUGCUGCAGCACCAUCACCCUUCGUGGCGCGCCCGAAGGAUUUUGGUAUCGGGCGUGAUGUCCCUUAUGCUCGUGACCUUUCACGAUUCAUGCGGUGGCCCACGUUCGUGACGAUGCAGCGUAAGAAGCGCGUGCUACAGCGACGCUUGAAGGUACCCCCGGCGCUGAACCAAUUCACAAAGGUGCUUGACCGCUCCAGUCGCAACGAGCUGCUGAAGUUGGUUAAGAAGUACGCCCCGGAAACCCGAAAGGCGCGUAGGGAUCGUUUGACAAAAGUUGCAGAGGAAAAGAAGAAGAACCCCAAGGGGACCGUGUCAACGAAAGCCCCUCUCUGCGUUGUGAGUGGUCUGCAGGAGGUGACGCGCACAAUUGAAAAGAAGACGGCGCGCCUUGUGCUCAUCGCCAACAACGUGGAUCCUAUUGAGUUGGUGUUAUGGAUGCCGACUCUGUGCCGCGCCAACAAGAUUCCGUACGCCAUCGUGAAGGACAAGGCACGCCUGGGUGAUGCGAUUGGUCGCAAAACCGCCACGUGUGUUGCCUUUACCGACGUCAACGCGGAGGACCAGGCUGCGCUGAAGAACCUUACUCGCUCUGUGAAUGCCCGCUUCCUUGCUCGCAGUGACGUUAUCCGUCGCCAAUGGGGAGGUCUGCAGCUGUCGCUCCGGUCUCGCGCUGAACUGCGCAAGAAGCGUGCUCGCACUGCUGGAAAUGAUGCCGCCGCUAAAGCCGCUUAG